GCGGCAGCGGCUCCAGUGGAGAUCCAGGCUGGCAGCUAGCUCGGCAGCCGUACGGGGCUUCAUGACAGAGGUUACCGGGUUGGACCAGCAGCGGCAUCCGGACACCAGAGCCUCGCUCGGCGCCACAGUGCAGGCUGGACUCCGGGCGGACCCGCACCGCCCGCCGCCUCUCUCUCCGCUUCUCCUUCUGCUCAAAGUCACCCGAUGCUGCGCUCCUGCUACCAGCUAACACACUGAUCUGACUGCCACUUCAUGAUCCGAGGCUAGGGGAUCAAAACAAGGACAAUCGCUCAAAGUUUACGCCUCGUUCUGCGCGUGACCGGCCGGGAUCCAGCCGCAGGGAGGGACGCGGGCCCCCGGUGGGGAAGAGCGACGGGACUCGGGAGCCGGGUGGUGGCUGGAUAAACGAGGGGGUUGCCUCCAGCUCCUGGUGGAUUUAUCCCCUGCCAGCUAACGUUAGCUCCGCUAGCUCCAGACGGCACCAUGGAUUGGUUCAUGGGGAAGUCGAAGACGAAGCCAAAUGGAAAGAAGCCUCCGGCAGAAGAGAAGAAGCAGUACCUGGAGCCGGAGUUCACAAAAAUCCGAGUGGUGGACUUUGACCUCAAGGAACUGGUGGUGCUGCCCAGAGAGAUAGACCUCAAUGAAUGGCUCGCCAGCAACACGACAACAUUCUUCAAUCUCAUCAACCUGCAGUACAGCACCAUCUCAGAGUUCUGCACUGGGGACACCUGUCAAGCCAUGACGGCCUGCAACACAAUAUACUACUGGUAUGACGAGAGGGGGAAGAAGACGAAGUGCACUGCUCCACAAUACGUCGACUUUGUUAUGAGUCUUUGUCAGAAACUGGUUACAGAUGAGGAAAUCUUUCCCACUAAAUACGGCAAAGAGUUCCCCAACUCCUUCGAGUCCUUGGUAAAGAAGAUCUGCCGGUACCUGUUCCACGUGCUGGCUCACCUCUACUGGGCGCACUUUAAAGAGACGGUGGCUCUGGACCUGCAGGGCCACUUGAACACUCUGUAUGCACAUUUCAUCGUUUUCGUAAGGGAAUUCAACCUGGUCGACCCCAAGGAGACCUGUAUCAUGGACGACCUGUCCGAAAUCCUCUGCACCCCGGCGCCGCCGCCCGCCCCGGCCCCCUCCGCCCCGGCCUCCGCCCCCUCCCCCUCUUCACAAAACCACGUGACGGAGAGAUGAGCGGGCGGCGGCGGCGACCAGAGCGCGGCCCCGGGGGUGAUAGAAGAUCAGAUAGAGGAGAGCAGGACCGCCGGCCUGGCCCCCUUCCUCGGUGCGAGCAGGACUUCAGAGACCUUCCACUACCCUUAUAUUUCGCUACGACACCAACCGACCAGCUGGAAGGAAACGGGGGCGGGGUUAGGGUUUUCAGGGGGGGUUUGGGGUGGCGGGGAGGGGUUUGUCACGCCAGCAGGAAUUGGCGUGUGCGUUCCUCCCACGGGCAAAUCCCUCCCGUCUUCUCUGCAAUUUAAACUAGGAACAAAAAAACGUAUGUGUAUGUUUUUUUUUUUUGUUUUGUUUUUAAUUUUCUUUUUCUUUUCGUUGAAGUUUUAUUCAGUUUUCGUUUUGUUUUUCUUGGGCGGGCGCGCGGCGUGUCUGGCGCCUCCCCCCCCCCUCUAUCCUCUACCUAACAUACAGUACAGGAAGGGGGCUCUGCUUUGCUUCAACCUACUAUUGUACAGUGUUGUUAACGUGUGGAGAAAAGAGGCGCCUCCGCUUGGCCGCGGGCGCCGAGCGGGGGCCUCGUUACUGCCUGGCGGGGCGAUAUUAGCCGAUCACUGUUUGGGUUGUUCGUGUCGGGGGCGGGUGAUUAAAGCGCUUCCUACUCAGGACCUGAGAGAAAACGUCACUGCUGCCAGAGAGGAGUCGCCUCUCCUGCCGCGAUCUGUCCCGUCAGCCUCACGUUCACAACAGACGAGCCGACCUGCAGAGGGCAGCAAACCAGGGAAGGAAAUCUGACGAUUGUAUGUUUAGACGUUUGAAUCUGAUCAGAGAAUGGAUAGUUUGAGACAGACUGAGGCGACUGCGAGCUGUUUCCGCCGGUGCUCAGCCCCUCGAACCGCCGCCGUCACUCACUCCAGCAGCACAGGAGGACAAAGACAUGAGGUAAUGUCUGCAGGCCCGGCGAGGAGGAAGAGGGGGGGGGGGGGGGGGGGGGCACUGCGAAGCUGCUCUGCGAAGCUGCUCUGCUGUUUCACAGCCACCAGUACUCCCAGUGCAGAACUAAAACUCUUCAGUUUUAUUUUUCACCAGCCCUUUAAAGACAAAAUUUUUUUGUUUGCUUUUUAAAAAGAUUAUCAGAGGAAAGUUAGUUUGGGAAAUGAUAACAGCGAUAUCAUUACACAUGUAUAGAAAAAUGCACAGUCUGCUUGGACUUUACUGUACAAAGAAUCACAAGCGGGUUCUGUCAGACAUAGCCUCUGUAUGGAGGAGGAUUGGAUUUAUAAUUCUCCUUUUUAUUUAUUUUAAUUUUUUGCAGGGUUCUUCAGUUCUGGCUCUUGUUUUUAUGUAUUUUAAUUAUUAACUAAGUUAAAAGCAAUUUAAUAUUUUAAGCUCUGCGGAUUAUAAUCUAAUAAAAGAGAGAAAUUCCA